AUGGAGCCCUCUGCUGGUGAGCUGCAGCUCGUGCCCAGGGCGGCGAAGGGUGACGCCGUGGGCCCCGACGCCGUGUGCUCUCGAGCCGUGGUCUCUGCUGUGGUGGCCGCUGCCACUGUCGUCACCACCCUGGGGCUCCUCGUGGCCUCCUUGUCUGCCCGGGGCGUGGACGUGGAGCACACGGCGGAGCUGCUGGGCAUCCGCUACGCCCACAGCUUGCAGGAGGAGGCCUCCGAGUAUCGCCGCACACUGACGCCUGCCCUGGAGGCCCUGUUUUUAAGCAGCUUUUGGAAGACAGAGCUGGAGGCCAGCUGCGUGAGCUGCACGGUGCUCAGUUACAGGGCGGGCAACGCCAGCGUCCUGGUGCGCUUCCGGCUGCACUUUCUGUUCCCCGGGCUGUGGGGCCCCCGGCCGGGCCUGGAGGAGGAGAGGCUGCUGCAGGAGGGGCUCCGGGCUCGGCUGCGGGGGCCCGGCCUGGCGCUGGCCGCCUACGGCACCAUCCUGUCUGCGGAGCUCAGAGGUGAGCAGAAGGGGCCGUGGACAGAGAGAGACUUCAAAUCAGGUCGCUGUCCGGAGAGCGCCUUCUCCUGCCGCAACAGCCAGUGUGUGACCAAGGAGAACCCGGAGUGCGACGACAGAGUGGACUGCGCUGACGGCUCCGACGAGGCCCGCUGUGCGACGGUUUUGUUCCAAGCCCCCACCGAGUGGGUGGCCUACGCGGGCACCACCCACCUGAGCGGCGGCGAGGCGGGCACGGCGCGGGCGCCCGUGGCGCGCGUCUUCACGCACCCCGCCUACAACGCGGACACCGCCGACUUCGACGUGGCGGUGCUGCAGCUGCGCAGCCCGCUGCCCUUCGGCCGGCGCGUGCAGCCCGUGUGUCUGCCCGCCGCCUCGCACGUCUUCCCGGCCGGGCGCAGGUGCCUCAUCUCGGGCUGGGGCUACCUCAAGGAGGACUUCCUGGUCAAGCCGGAGAGGCUGCAGAAAGCCACGGUGGAGCUGCUGGACCAGAGCCUGUGCGCCAGCCUGUACGGCCACUCGCUCACGGACAGGAUGGUGUGUGCCGGCUACCUGGACGGGAAGGUGGAUUCCUGCCAGGGUGACUCUGGAGGACCCCUGGUCUGUGAAGAGCCCUCUGGAAGGUUCUUCCUGGCUGGCAUUGUGAGCUGGGGAAUUGGUUGUGCAGAAGCCUGGCGUCCGGGGGUCUAUGCUCGAGUGACCAGGCUGCGUGACUGGAUCCUGGAGGCAAUCACCAUGGCAAGCAAGCCUCUGGCUCCCACUGUGGCUCCUGCCCCCACCAUGUCAAGCAAUACCUGGACCACCAGCCCUAAAAGCGGGGUGGCAGACACCCCCACUAAGCUCACGUUGGCCCUCGGCACUGUACCUCUUGACUCAGUCACCACUUCUAAGCCACAAGAGUGCGGGGCCAGGCCGGCUGUGGAGAAGCCCACCAGGAUCGUGGGCGGGUCUGGAGCCGCGCAUGGGGAUGUGCCCUGGCAGGUCAGCCUGAAGGAAGGUUCCCGGCACUUCUGUGGCGCCACCGUGGUGGGCGACCGCUGGCUGCUGUCCGCGGCACACUGCUUCAACCACACAAAGGCGGAGCAGGUGCGGGCCCACCUGGGCACAGCAUCCCUCUCGGGCAUCGGGGGGAGUCCAGUGAAGAUGGGGCUCAAGAGAGUGCUGCUGCACCCCCACUACAACCCGGCCAUCCUGGACUUCGACGUGGCGGUGCUGGAGCUGGCGGGGCCCCUGGUCUUCAACAAGCACGUCCAGCCAGUCUGCCUGCCUCUGGCCAUCCACAAGUUCCCCGCGGGCCGCAAGUGCGUGGUCUCUGGCUGGGGUAACACACAGGAGGGGAACGCCACCAAGCCUGACGUUCUGCAGCGAGCGUCCGUGGGCAUCAUAGACCAGAAGGCCUGCAGCUCCCUGUACAACUUCUCCCUCACUGACAGGAUGCUGUGCGCCGGCUUCCUGGAGGGCGGCGUGGACUCCUGCCAGGGUGACUCUGGGGGGCCGCUGGCCUGUGAGGAGACCCCCGGCGUGUUUUAUCUGGCGGGGAUUGUGAGCUGGGGAAUCGGCUGUGCUCAGGCCAGGAAGCCCGGCGUGUACGCCAGGAUCACCAGGAUGAAGGGCUGGAUCCUGGACGCCAUGUCUCCCCGCCCCCGCCCCACGCCGGCGCCCUCCCCCACCAGGAUGCCCACCGCUGCCAGCCGCAGCCCGCGGACACUGGCGGGGCUCACGGCCCCCUGGGUUACCACCGGCAGACCCGCCCCUGGGCUCACCAGCGGAGCCACCAGCCAGCCUGCCAACAGGACAGCCGCAGCCUUGGGCACCUCCACUCGGCAGCAGACGCCUCUGGCCGAGGCCCCAGAGACCACCAGGGGCCCCCAGCUGCCAGACUGCGGACUGGCACCGGCUGCGGCGGGACUGACCAGGAUCGUGGGCGGCAGUGCCGCGGGCCACGGGGAGUGGCCGUGGCAGGUCAGCCUGUGGCUGCGACGCCGGGAGCAUCGCUGCGGGGCUGUGCUGGUGGCCGAGCGGUGGCUGCUGUCCGCCGCGCACUGCUUCGACGUCUACGGGGACCCCACGCAGUGGGCGGCCUUCCUGGGCACGCCGCUGCUGGGCGGCGCCGACGGGCAGCUGGCGCGGGUGGCGCGCAUCUACAAGCACCCCUUCUACAACCUGUACACGCUGGACUACGACGUGGCGCUGCUGGAGCUGGCGGGGCCCGUGCGCCGCAGCCGCCUGGUGCGGCCCAUCUGCCUGCCCGAAGCGGCCCCUCGGCCCCCCGACGGCACCCGCUGCGUCAUCACCGGCUGGGGCUCGCUGCGAGAGGGAGGGGCCGCGGCGCGGCGGCUGCAGAAGGCGGCCGUGCGCCUCCUCAGCGAGCAGGCCUGCCGCCGCUUCUACCCGGUGCAGAUCAGCAGCCGCAUGCUGUGCGCAGGCUUCCCGCACGGCGGCGUGGACAGCUGCUCGGGUGAUGCUGGGGGACCCCUCGCCUGCAGGGAGUCUUCCGGCAGAUGGGUGCUAACCGGGGUUACCAGCUGGGGUUAUGGCUGUGGCCGGCCCCAUUUCCCAGGUGUCUAUACCCGGGUGGCUGCUGUGCGGGGCUGGAUCGGGCAGAACAUCCAGGAAUGACCACCACGUGGCCGCCCAGACUCAGGACCAGAGAUGCAAAGGCAGGAGCGUGGCCAAUCCCAAAGGGGGAGUCCAG